AUGGCCUCCCCUAAGAACAAGUCCUCCUCAAGAACAGUCCAUCCCAACAAACAAGGACAGCAGGAGACCUGCAUGAUGUUCUCACUGAACUCAACUACAGAAAGGAAGCGUGCAAGAGGCUGCAUUUUCUAUUUUUGCUAUAAGGGAGGUUUUGACACUCCGUUGCAGCAUGGAGCUACACCAAAUACUAAAACUGGUAUUGCAUUGUUGUAUGAUGAAGUAUCUGAAAAUGCUUAUGACAUCCGACUGAAACUUACAAAAGAGGUAUUAACAAUUCAAAAACAAGAUGUCGUCUGUGUUAGUGGAAGUGAUCACAGUGCAAAUCACAGAACUGUUACACUUCAUAGACAACCAGUUGGUGGCUUGGGCUUAAGCAUAAAGGGUGGUGCUGAGCACAAAGUGCCUGUCGUCAUAUCAAAAAUAUUUAAAGACCAAGCAGCUGAACAGACAGGAAUGUUAUUUAUAGGAGAUGCAAUAAUACAGGUUAAUGGUAUAAAUGUAGAAAGUGCUACCCAUGAAGAAGUGGUACACCUGCUGCGAAAUGCUGGCGAUGAAGUUACCAUCACAGUUCAAUACCUCAGGGAAGCUCCAUCAUUUUUAAAGCUCCCAUUAGGUUCCCCUGGACCAUCCAGUGAUCACAGCAGUGGAACUUCAUCACCUCUCUUUGACAGUGGCUUACAUUUAAAUGGAAACUCAACUAACACGGCUCCAUCAUCACCUUCUUCACCCAUAGCUAAUGAACCAAAAUACGAGAAGCGCUGGCUAGACGCCUUAUCAGUUCCUCUGUCGAUGGCUCGAAUCUCGAGGUACAAAACUGGAACAGAUAAAUUAAGAUCUAAUGCAUUUGAAGUGCUGGCACUCGAUGGAGUUAGUACUGGGAUACUUCAGUUUUAUACAGCCCAGGAGAGUGCUGACUGGCUGAGAGCAAUGUCAACUAACAUCAGUGAUUUGACACUUCAAAAUAUGAAAAUGGCAAAUAAAUGCUGUUCUCCCUCUGACCAGGUCAUACAUAUGGGAUGGGUAAAUGAGAGACUUGAAGGAACUGAUUCAUCUCAGCUCUACAAAUUCAAGUUUCUGGCCCUGAAGGGUUCAUCGUUCUACAUUUUCAGCACUCCACCGGUAAGCACACUAGACUGGGUACGAGCUGAAAAAAUAUAUAACCUCUGUGAGGUUCUGUUUAAAAUUCACAAGCUCUGGCUUGCUGAUGAUUGCUGGCUACAAGCAAACUUGUAUUUAGGUAUUCACCAGGACUUCGAUCUUGAAGACCAGAGGCCGUAUUGUUUCAGUGUUAUGGUUGGACAUGGCAAGAGCCAUUAUUUCAAUGUAGAGCUGGGCAGUGAAUUGGCAGUGUGGGAGAAAUCAUUUCAAAGAGCAAUUUUCUUGGAAGUUCAAAGAACAGGGUCUAAAACAUAUAUGUGCAGUUGGCAAGGGGAUACCCUGUGUUUCACAGUCGACUUUGCUCUAGGAUUUACCUGUUUUGACAGUAAAACAAAGAAUGUGCUGUGGAGGUUUAAAUUCUCUCAGCUCAAAGGCUCAUCAGAUGAUGGGAAAACAAGAGUAAAGCUGCUUUUUCAAAAUCUAGACACCAAACAAAUUGAGACAAAGGAACUUGAAUUUCAGGAUCUGACGGCAGUUUUACACUGUAUUCACUCCUUUAUAGCAGCAAAAGUGGCAUCUGUGGAUCCAGUAUUCAUAGACAGUCAGAGUAUUGCAAGAAAAUAUAUGUACAGUAACUGAUACUAGAUUAUAUGUUGUGACUAUGGAAAAUAAAUUAUUUUCUUAACAAAAGUAGUUAUUUCAUUCACAAUAUUGCAACUUUGUGAUUUUAUA